GAGAACCUUCUCGAACAUUCUGAACUUAGCCGAGAUGCGCAAAACAAAACACGUUCAUGCAAGAAGUUAUGCUUUAUUCCCCCAACUACUUUCAGCGACUUCUAACUGGAUUUAUGAACCGUUUUACGAGUUUUACUGUCAGUGUUCAAUGUACGGUAUAGUGGGAUGUUAAUCGCUGUGUACCUUCAAUACGUACAUUAUUAUAUUCAGAUACUCUUAUAUUAACUUACUACUGAGUGGAUUUUUUAUUAAAACUUUUAAUAAAAUUCAAAAAGUCACGUGUUACGAUGGUGUCGAAUGUAACUAAUUUUUAUAACGGCAAAACCAUAUUUCUUACCGGAGGCAGUGGCUUUCUCGGCAUUUGUUUAAUUGAGAAAUUACUACGAGUUAUUCCUGAUUUAAAAUGUAUUUAUGUGCUACUACGACCAAAAAAAGGGAAACAGAUACAGGAGAGAUUAGAAGAAUUAAAAAAGAAUUCGGUAUUUGACAGAUUAAAAGAAGAAAAUAAAACCCAUCUUUUUAACAAAUUAAUUCCUGUUGGAGGUGAUGUAGGACAAGAAAAUUUAGGAUUAUCAUCUGCGGACAGAUUAACCCUUGUUGAAGAAGUACAAAUUGUUGUUCAUUCUGCAGCAACAUUAGAUUUUGAAGCUGAUUUAAAAACUACUACAAAUAUUAAUUUGUUGGGUACACGCAGAGUUGUAGAACUUUGUCAGGAAAUAAGAGAUCUCAAGGCACUUGUACAUAUUUCAAGUGCUUAUGUUAAUUCUGUAUUAAGUGAAGUAGAUGAACAUGUGUAUCCACCACCAUUUGAUGUGAAUGAACUGCUCAGAUUAAUAGAAAAGUUAGAUGAUGCCUCUUUAAUAGCAGAAACUCCAAAUAUAAUAAAAGAUCAUCCAAAUUCUUAUACAUUCACAAAACAUUUAGCAGAGCAUGAAGUUAAAAAUGGGCGCGUUCCUGCUGCUAUUGUGCGUCCCUCUAUGAUAACAGGAGCUUGGAAAGAACCAGUUCCUGGAUGGACAGUAUCAAAAAAUGGCCCACAAGGGUUUUUAAUGGGUGCUGCUAAAGGAGUUGUUAGAAGAUUACCUGUUGGAAAAAAUGUAAUUUAUGAUUACAUUCCAGUAGAUGUAGUUGUAAACAAUAUCAUAACUGCAGGAUACGUGGUUGACCGUGAUGGUGGAAAAGAUUUAAAAGUAUAUCAUUGUACAUCUAGUACAGCUAAUCCUUUCCAAUGGGUUUCUGUAGAAGGGAAAGUAAAUCGCUAUUUACAUGAUUAUCCAUUAUUAAGUGCAGUUUGGUAUCCACACCUUAAGCUUGUGUCUUCAAUCUUUUUGUUCAAAAUAUCAGCAAUUUUUGUACAUUUCAUUCCUGCAUAUAUUUUGGAUACAAUUACCAAAUUAGCAGGAGGACGACCAAUCUUGGUACGAUUACAUAAAAAUGUUAAUGCCUCGUUGGACCGUCUAAAGACGUUUAUUUUUACUGAAUGGAAAUUUCAUAACCCUCGUACAAUUGAAUUACAUAAUUCACUAUCAGAGACUGACAAAACACUUUUCAAUUUAGACAUUAAACCAUUAGUGUGGGAUGAUUACUUUGUAAACUUAACACAAGGAGUCAGAAGAUAUUUAAACAAUGAACCCCCAAAAACAUUGCCCAAGGCACGCACUAAAAAUGAAAUAUUACUUGUCGCACAUAUAGCUUUACAAGCUGGACUAAUAGGAUUCGUUUGGUAUUUGGUUAAGUGUCUAUUGGGUAGCACUUGGAUCAAAACUGGCUUAGUUGUUCCAAUCACAUAUAUUCUUUUUGAUAUGAUAUAAACUACAUGUUCAUUUCCAAACGAAGUGCAUCGUUAAAAAUUAUAUUUGAUGAAUUGCAUUAUUUCAAUAAAGAAAAUCAAACAUAUGAGAAGUAAAAGGAUACUGAUUUUUAAUGCAAUUCGUCAAAAAUAUGACAAACUUUUUACAUUUCCAUACACUUUAUCUUGAAAACGGUGUGGGGAAGUAAACUUGUUUAAUCUCGACAUCAAGCAGAUUCAACUUUUAGGCACAUUGAAUGCAUAAAAAAUGAAGUAACAAGUGAUAACUAAACAUAUAGGAACAAUGUUCAUUUUGCAAUAACGGAAAACUUGUGGAAGAUACAAAACCCUUGAAAAAGAAUUAUUUUCUGCUUUAACUGAUCCGGUGGAAGAGUAGCAAGGUUGAUCUAGCAGGAAAAAAUCGACCAGACACGCUAGCUCACGAUCCAUCGGAAACCUGGUACUACGAAAACGACCUUGAACAUUCCCGGCAAAGACAAUGACUCCUAGCGAACGUACCUUGCUGGCCGCUAGUCACGAUACAAGUGGAAAAAUAACCAACGAUGGGGAUAAAGUCUUGGACGUCUGUGGUUGGACGGUCAGUUCGUGUUCGGUACACCAUCGUAAUACCACGCUAAGGGUUACCGACUUUCCUCCUUCGAUUUAUUUUGCAUCGUGGAUCAAAACGCGUUGUACAUCCUUACCGAACAAGUUUCGAUCAGCCGGACUUUUAUUCUCUCCCGAAAAUUCAGUCAAUUUUCCUUCGAGCUCGCGUUCGGUAGAUCUACGAAGAUCGCACAGCGUUUAAUCGAUCGUUUUGUGUUAAAG